UGCCAGUGGAGAGCGGGGCCUGGGCGCCGAGAGAGGGAAUUAGUGUGGAGAGCUGGGGAUUGCGGGCCGCCGCCGCCGCCGUCCCGGUAGCCGCCUUAGCUGCGCGGGAGACCUCAGGUGGGGAAACUGACGCUUCAUUAUCCACUGGCUGCUCUAGGGUCACCGAAUGUGUGUCUCCAAGGCCAGGUCUUCGGAUAGCAAACCCAGGCUUUGUUGCCCACACAGCUGGCUGCCCCUGAAUGCCAUAUACUGUGCACGUGUUUACUGAGGGCGGACUAUGUGCUGACACUGCUGCACGCUGGGGAUGCAAAGCUCCUCUGGGGCCAUGUCAGAGCGAGAAGAGCGGCGGUUCGUGGAGAUCCCCCGGGAGUCGGUCCGGCUUAUGGCGGAGAGCACGGGCCUGGAGCUUAGUGACGAGGUGGCCGCGCUGCUUGCAGAGGACGUGUGCUACCGUCUCAGAGAGGCCACACAGAAUAGCUCUCAGUUCAUGAAGCACACCAAACGGCGGAAGCUGACCGUGGAGGAUUUCAACAGGGCCCUCCGAUGGAGCAGUGUGGAGGCUGUGUGUGGUUACGGAUCCCAGGAGGCCCUGCCCCUGCGCCCCACCAGGGAGGGGGAGCUCUACUUUCCUGACGACCGAGAGGUGAACCUGGUGGAGCUGGCCCUGGCCACCAACAUCCCCAAAGGCUGUGCCGAGACGGCUGUGAGAGUUCAUGUCUCCUACCUGGAUGGCAAAGGGAACCUGGCACCUCAAGGAUCAGUCCCCAGCGCUGUGUCUUCACUGACCGAUGACCUUCUUAAGUACUAUCAGCAGGUGACUCGGGCUGUGCUAGGGGAUGACCCGCAGCUGAUGCAGAUUGCUCUCCAGGACCUGCAGACUAACUCCAAGAUUGCAGCCCUUCUGCCUUACUUCGUUUACGUGGUCAGUGGGGUGAAAUCUGUAAGCCACGACCUAGAGCAGCUGCACCGGCUGCUGCAGGUGGCACGGAGCCUGGUUCGGAAUCCGCACCUCUGCCUGGGGCCUUAUGUCCGCUCCCUGGUGGGCAGUGUCCUCUACUGUGUCCUAGAACCCCUGGCUGCCUCCAUCAACCCCCUGAAUGACCACUGGACUCUGCGCGACGGGGCUGCCCUCCUACUCAGCCACAUUUUCUGGACUCACGGGGACCUCGUAAGCGGCCUCUAUCAGCAGAUCCUGCUCUCCUUGCAGAAGGUCCUGGCAGACCCCGUGCGACCUCUCUGCUCUCACUACGGGGCCGUGGUGGGGCUGCACGCCCUUGGCUGGAAGGCAGUAGAACGAGUCCUGUACCCACACCUGUCUACUUACUGGACAAAUCUGCAGGCUGUGUUGGACGAUUAUUCUGUAUCUAAUGCUCAGGUCAAAGCAGAUGGGCACAAAGUUUAUGGAGCCAUUCUGGUGGCGGUGGAGCGACUGCUGAAGAUGAAGGCCCAGGCGGCAGAGCCCAACAGGAGCGGCCCCGGGGGCAGGGGGUGCCGGCGACCUGACGACCUGCCCUGGGACAGUCUCCUCCUGCAGGAGUCGCCCUCCGGGGGCGGUGCCGAGCCGGGCUUUGGAUCUGGCCUCCCGCUGCCCCCAGGGGGUGUAAGGCCGGAGGAUCCAUCCCCUUCUGUGACCCUGGCGGACAUCUAUCGGGAGCUCUACGCCUUCUUCGGGGACAGCCUGGCCACCCGCUUCGGCACGGGACAGCCCGCGCCCACGGCCCCGCGGCCGCCCGGGGACAAGAAGGAGCCGGCGACCGCCCCGGACUCGGUGCGGAAGAUGCCGCAGCUGACGGCCAGCGCCAUGGUCAGCCCGCAGGGAGACGAAAGCCCGCGGGGAGCGGGCGGCGGGCCCCCGUCGGCCUCCGCGCCCGCCGCCUCGGAGAGCAGGCCGCUGCCGCGCGUGCACCGGGCGCGAGGGGCGCCCCGGCAGCAGGGCCCCGGCGCCGGCACCCGCGAUGUCUUCCAGAAGAGCCGCUUCGCUCCGCGGGGCGCCCCCCACUUCCGAUUCAUCAUCGCGGGGCGGCAGGCCGGGCGGCGCUGCCGCGGGCGCCUCUUCCAGACGGCCUUCCCCGCGCCGCACGGGCCCAGCCCGGCCUCCCGCUACGUGCAGAAGCUGCCCAUGAUCGGUCGCACCGGCCGCCCGGCCCGCCGCUGGGCGCUCGCCGACUACUCGCUGUAUUUGCCGCUGUGAGGCGGCACCGCGCCCUGCCGCCGGCGCCCGGAAGUGACGGCCCCGCGCGCUGGAUGGGCGGCUGCUUCCUUCCGCGGCGCUGCGCGGGGGCGAGCGGAGCUAUGGCGCGUCCUUGUCUGCUGUGCGCCGAGCUCGUGCUCCUCGCUGCAGCUUUCCUGUGCGGGUUCGUGGCUGCCGCGGCGCUGACCUGGACGCAGGUGCGGCUGCGGGGCGGGGGCAGCCCUCGGGGCGGGCGGCAGGCGGGGGUUUUCCUGCUGUCCCUGGGCCGCCUCUGAGCUGGCCGUGGCUCGGGGUGUUGCCACUCGAAGCCAGUGGCGGGGCUCGGUGCCGCGGAGAGGCUGCGGCGUUAGUUGCGCUCUGCCGCCGCUCCCGGGCAGGUCAUCCUUGGAUGCCGUUCCCUCCGGAGCAGAGCGCCUUACAGCGCCAGGGCUGUAAUCUUAACUUGGUUCUGAGGUCGGCCCAGGCCCGCUUCCCUCAGAAACCCUUUGUGCUGAGCUGUGCCGUGAAAUCAAGUUGAGCGAUCUCCUUCGUGACUGCAACACAGUGUGUUACAUGACAAAAUAGCAACAUAGAAAUCGCUUACAUAAAAACAGAAGCCAAUGGCUGACGUUGAAUGUUUACCCUUGCUAGGGAUUCUUGUUAAUAAACAUGUAUCGUGCAUCGGCUCAA